AAGAAUAAGAAAUAGGAGGAGUUACAGUACCUGACUUGGGGCUGUUCUUAUUCAACUUUUGCACAGCAAGGAAGAAAAUUUUCAAGCGUUAUGAAGGCGGAGAAGGAUCCCGAAGAUGAAGAAAAUAUUGUUAGAGAUCCAAGCUAAGUGUAGCACAGCGUGAGGAUUGGAGAACAGGAAGAGCUGUAAAGAGAGGGACGUGUCACUGGUUAGGAGUUUGUCUGCCGGGUUGCUUUGUGAGCUACGGAGAUUUGUAACUUAAUGCGAAGUAGUUUGCUGUUAGCAACGAGAAACUAAACCCUGUCUAUGAUGAACUGUUGGUUUUCUUGUGCUCCUAAGAACAAACAUGCAGCAGAUUGGAACAAAUAUGAUGACCGAUUGAUGAAAGCAGCAGAAAGGGGAGAUGUAGAAAAAGUGUCCUCAAUCCUUGCCAAAAAGGGGGUCGAUCCAGGCAAGCUAGAUGUGGAAGGCAGAUCUGUCUUCCAUGUAGUGGCCUCAAAGGGGAAUCUUGAGUGCUUGAAUGCCAUCCUUAUACAUGGAGUUGAUAUUACAACCAGUGACACUGCAGGAAGAAAUGCUCUUCAUUUGGCUGCAAAAUAUGGACAUGCAUUGUGCCUACAAAAACUUCUACAGUAUAAUUGUCCCACUGAACAUGCAGACCUGCAGGGAAGAACUGCACUUCAUGAUGCUGCUAUGGCAGACUGUCCUUCUAGCAUACAGCUGCUUUGCGACCAUGGGGCCUCAGUGAAUGCCAAAGAUGUAGAUGGGCGGACACCACUUGUUCUGGCUACUCAGAUGUGUAGGCCAACAAUAUGUCAACUGCUGAUAGAUAGAGGAGCGGAUAUUAAUUCCAGAGACAAACAAAACAGAACUGCUCUCAUGCUAGGUUGCGAGUAUGGUUGCAAAGAUGCUGUAGAAGUCUUAAUUAAAAAUGGUGCUGAUAUAAGCUUGUUGGAUGCCCUUGGCCAUGAUAGUUCUUACUAUGCAAGAAUUGGUGACAAUCUGGACAUUCUAACCUUAUUGAAGACUGCAUCAGAAAAUACCAACAAAGGGAGAGAACUUUGGAAGAAAGGACCAUCAUUACAACAGCGAAAUUUGACACACAUGCUAGAUGAAGUAAAUAUGAAGUCGAAUCAGAGGGAGCACCAAAGCAUUCAGGAUCUGCAGAUUGAAAAUGGAGAUUUGAAAGAAAGGUUAAGAAAAAUUCAGCAAGAACAGAGAAUAUUAUUGGAUAAAGUCAAUGGUUUACAACUACAGCUAAAUGAGGAAGUAAUGGUUGCUGAUGAUCUGGAAAGUGAGAAAGAAAAGCUGAAGUCCCUUUUGGUGGCUAAAGAAAAACAACAUGAAGAAAGUUUAAGAACUAUUGAGGCUCUGAAAAAUAGAUAUAAAUAUUUUGAGAGUGAUCAUGUAGGAUCAGGAGGUCAUUUCAGUAACCGAAAAGAAGAUAUGCUUCUUAAACAAGGUCAAAUGUACGUGACAGACUCACAGUGUACUUCCACGGGUGUGCCAGCUCAUGUGCAAAGCAGAUCUAUGUUAAGACCACUGGAGCUGUCCUUACCCAAUCAAACCUCAUAUUCUGAAAAUGAAAUUUUAAAGAAAGAGUUAGAAGCAAUGAGAAAUUUCUGUGAUUCAGCAAAACAAGACCGACUCAAGCUCCAAAAUGAACUGGCUCACAAGGUGGCUGAGUGCAAAGCGUUAGCAUUAGAAUGUGAAAGGGUCAAGGAGGAUUCAGAUGAACAGAUAAAGCAAUUAGAAGACGCAUUAAAAGAUGUGCAGAAGAGAAUGUAUGAGUCAGAGGGGAAAGUUAAGCAAAUGCAGACGCAUUUUCUUGCCCUUAAAGAGCAUCUUACAAGCGAAGCAGCUACAGGGAAUCACAGACUAAUGGAAGAACUGAAGGAUCAGUUGAAAGACAUGAAAGCAAAAUAUGAAGGAGCUUCAGCAGAAGUGGGAAAAUUAAGAAACCAAAUCAAGCAAAGUGAGACGUUGCUAGAAGAGUUUAAGCGGGAUGAAGGCAAGCUGAUAGAAGAAAAUAAGCGACUGCAGAAGGAAUUCAGUAUGUGUGAAAUGGAGCGAGAGAAGAAAGGGAGAAAGGUCACAGAGAUGGAAGGCCAGUUAAAAGAAUUGUUAGCAAAGUUGGCCCUUUCCAUUCCAACAGAAAAAUUUGAAAACAUGAAAAGCUUAUUAUCGAAUGAAAUAAGUGAGAAAGCAAAAAAAUUAGUUGAUAUGGAAAGAGAAUAUGAAAAAUCUCUUAGUGAAAUUAGACAGUUAAAGAGAGAGCUUGAGAAUUUUAAGGCCAAGCUUUCUCAGCAUGUCAAACCAGAGGAACAUGAGCAGCUCAAGAACAGAUUAGAACAAAAGUCAGGGGAACUUGGGAAGAAGGUCACUGAAUUAACAUCUAAAAACCAGACUUUACAAAAGGAAAUUGAAAAGGCUUAUCUGGAUAAUAAGCUCCUCAGCCAGCAAGUACAUAACUUAACAACUGAAAUGAAAAAUCAUUAUGUUCCUUUAAAAGUAAGUGAAGAAAUGAAAAAGUCACAUGAUGUAAUUAUUGAUGAUUUGAAUAGAAAGCUUUUAGACAUAACACAAAAAUAUACAGAAAAGAAGUUGGAAAUGGAGAAAUUGUUGAUGGAAAAUGACAGUUUAAGUAAAAAUGUUAGCCGCCUGGAAACUGUGUUCAUACCUCCUGAGAAACACGAAAAAGAGAUAAUGACUCUGAAAUCCAAUAUUGUUGAACUUAAAAAACAACUCUCUGAACUUAGUAAGAAAUGUGGUGAAGACCAAGAGAAAGUACAUUCACUCAUGUCUGAAAACACUAACUUGAAAAAGACUAUGAGUAAUCAGUAUGUGCCAGUUAAAACCCACGAAGAGAUUAAAACUGCACUGAGUAGCACAUUAGAUAAAACUAACAGAGAAUUACUAGAUGUGAAGAAGAAAUUUGAACAUAUAAAUAAAGAACUUGUAAAAACAAAAGAUGAGAAUGAAAUACUAAGAAGAAACCUGGAAAACACUCAGAACCAAAUAAAAGCUGAGUACAUCAGCCUGAGAGAGCACGAGGAAAAGGUGAGUGCUGUCAGUAAGAGCAUGAGAAAGGUUCAGGAUAAUAGUGCAGAAAUACUGGCCAACUACAAGAAAGGCCAAGAAGAGAUUGUGACACUGCAUGCUGAAAUUGAAGCCCAGAAAAAGGAACUUGACACAAUACAAGAGUGCAUUAAACUAAAAUAUGCUCCAAUUGCCAGCUUUGAAGAGUGUGAGAGAAAAUUUAAGGCAAUUGAGAAAGAACUAAAAGAACAGUUGUCAGAGCAGACACAAAAGUAUAAUGUCAGGGACGAAGAGACCAAGAAGUGCAAACAAGAGAAUGACAAGUUAAAGAAGGAGAUUUUCACUCUUCAGAAGGAUGUAAAGGACAAGAAUGUUCUCAUUGAGAAUGCUCAUGAAAUGGAAAGAGCAUUAAGCAGAAAAACAGAAGAGCUGAACAGACAGUUAAAAGACCUGUUACAGAAAUACACGGAGGUAAAGAAUGAGAAGGAGAAGCUAGUAGAAGAAAAUGCCAAACAGACUUCUGACAUCCUUACAGCACAGACACUUUUGCAGAAGCAGUAUGUUCCAUCGGAACAGGUAGAGGCCCUGAAAAAGUCUCUUAAUAGCACAAUUGAGACUCUAAGGGAAGAAGUGAAACAUAAGCAAAGGUGCUGCGAGCAGGAGCAGCAGACAGUGACCAGGCUGCAUCAACUGCUGGAGAACCAAAAGAACUCUUCUGUGCCCCUGGCCGAGCACCUGCAGAUGAAGGAAGCGUUUGAGAAGGAAGUUGGAAUCAUAAAAGCCAGCCUGAGAGCGAAGGAAGAAGAAAACCAAAACAAAACUGAAGAAGUCUCCAGACUCCAGUCAGAGGUUCAGAAUAGUAAACAAGCAUUAAAAAACUUAGAGACGAGAGAGGUAGUUGAUCUGUCUAAGUAUAAAGCAACAAAAGGUGAUUUGGAGACACAGAUUUCCAACUUAAAUGAAAAAUUGGCCAACCUGAAUAGGAAGUAUGAAGAAGUGUGCGAGGAGGUUUUGCAUGCCAAAAAGAAGGAACUAUCUGCAAAGGAUGAGAAAGAAUUACUACAUUUCAGCAUCGAGCAAGAAAUCAAGGAUCAGCAGGAGCGAUGCGAUAAGUCCUUAUCGACAAUCACAGAGUUGCAGAGAAGAAUACAGGAAUCAGCUAAGCAAAUCGAAGCAAAAGAUAAUAAGAUAACUGAGCUGCUUAGUGAUGUAGAAAGACUAAAACAGGCACUGAAUGGCCUUUCACAGCUCACCUACACGAGUGGGAGUCCCAGCAAGAGACAGAGCCAGCUGAUUGACACUCUGCAGCAUCAAGUGCGGUCCCUGCAGCAGCAGCUGGCUGACGCUGACAGGCAGCACCAAGAAGUAAUUGCAAUUUAUCGGACACACCUUCUUAGUGCUGCACAGGGUCACAUGGAUGAAGACGUGCAGGCGGCCUUACUCCAGAUUAUACAGAUGCGGCAGGGGCUUGUGUGCUAGUGGUCAGUGCUGACCUGCCCGUGUCCACUUCACCCGCUGGUGCUGAACAUUCUGUUGCACGGCAUGGCCUUUCUGGGCCUUCCUGUGCUAGUGUAAUUGAAGUAAAGUGUAUUUUGUCCCAUUAGUAGGUUUUUAAAAAUUAGAUGAGUAUGUUACUCUUUCAGUAUCAGUUUAAAACUUAUAUUUCAUAUAUGUUAAUUUUACAGUUAAGCAAACAACAUAAUACUUUGCCUUGGACUGGCCACGUACUUUUAAACCAUUGAGUCCCUAAUAAAAUAUAAGCCAUCUGAGUGAGGUUGAAGAGGAAUUAGGCUGAAAAAAUUGUUUAAAGAUUUCUCUCAGAGAAAUGAAUUUGGUCAGUAGCCACUUUUAAGCUGAUCAAGAGAUCUUUCAGCUCUUCGGUCUGAGCCAUGAGACCUAAUGUGGUUUCAAGGAAUGCAAUAUAACUUGGCAGGCCAAGUUGUGCUUUUAUUGAAGUAACUUAACGAGUGCCUUUGACUUUUUUUGGAGGUACACUUUUUUCUUCUUAUACUAGUAACUUUUGUGCCUUUUCAGAUAAAUUUCUUUUCCUAAUGGUUUGCAGUGCUAAAUUACAUUUAGAUUAAGAACAGGCCAGGGUGGACUAUAUCAGGAAUUUAUAAUAAGAUUGCCUCAUUAUCUCCACAACAGUAUCUUAAUUUUCACUGUGGUGACUUUUCUUACUGCAGUAUUUAGAAAAGUAUAAAUGGCAUGCUAGAUUUUUCAGUGUUAAAAAUUUUAGACUUUUUUAGCAGUUACUUUGACAUUUGCUACUAUAGUAACCAAGCACCCAUUAAACAUGCAUCCUCCAAAUGUUUAUACUUAUUUAUAGAAAAAUUGCACUAAUGAGAUUAAUAAUGUGAAAUGCAGCUUUCUUGCAAAAUUAGCAUGAGAGAAUUGGUUUUAGAAAACAGAUCUUUAAGAUUUUAAACAAAAAUACAAUAAUAUAGUAAACUUUAAGAGUAUAGAUAGUGAGAAAAUAAUAAGAUUGGACAUAUUCAUAGUGGAUACUCUGUUGUAACGAACCAUUUUUAUUAACUACAUCUCAUUAAAGUUUAUGUUUUGUUAUUUUUAUUAAUUUUUAUACUGUUAAGAUUGAAAAUUACUAAUUUGACUGUUAGCAAAUAAACUGAACAAAUGAAUUAUUUCCACCAA